UUGUGUUCUGCUAGCCCGAAAUUUAUGUAUCACUGUUUUUGUUUUUGUCAGUGUAACACAACCUCAAAAGUUGAAAAUCUCUAGAAUACAGAGAAACUGUGAAGUGUUCCGUACUUGUGCCUAGUUUAAAAUCUUUAUAAUCACUUGGGCUUACGAAUUUUUCCGGUAAACCUGCUGAGAAGCCUCCAGAUAUCUGUCAACCGUUAAGAAGCGAAAUAAUUCUUUCAGUCAAUCGUCGCAUAUAAUUCACAUGAUGAGUACCGACGAACAUUUGUUGGACUUGGUGCGACAGGAAAUUGUCAAUAACAAUCUACAAGUGAAAGCUAUUAUUCAGGAUAUUCAAAAUUGCACUGAUUCGACAGAGUUAUUGAACGAGCUAAAUGCAAAAGGCAGAGCGAAAAUAGCGGCCCUGCGAUCAAGUAUCGAGCGUUUGGAGAGCUUAGCGUUCCAAGAACGCAGCGAUAAGCGGAAAUUGGAGAUUUACACAGAAAUAGAGAGUCAUAAAAGUCAGUUGACUAUUACCUUAGCCGCCUUUCGCAACGCUAAUGUUGUCAGUGCCUGUGUUAUCGACAGAAUGGCUAAGGACGAAUUAUUGGGGAUGCCCGAGGGACAUCAAAGUGCAUUACGAAAGCGGCGAGACAAGCAAGCACUGAUAAAAAUGUCAGGCGGUGUUACCGACAAGUUACUAGGCAUCUCUAGGCAGCUGGCGGAAACCACUCAAAAAAGCGCUUACACCUUAGAUACGCUAAUUACGUCGUCGGAGAAAGUGACCGGGACGAAAGAUGAGCUUGAGCAUCAGCAGCAAGUAAUAGUGCAAUCUGGAAAGCUCUUGGGAAAAUAUGGCCGGCGUGAACUUACCGAUAAAGCAUUGCUAGUUCUAGCAUUUGCAUUUUUCUUAGCCUGCGUAUUCUAUAUUCUUCAGAAACGAUUGCUCUGAUUACACGACAAAGAAAUGUAAUAAAGCUCAUUCGUUUUUACUUGUAAUUAAAACGGAUAAACCCAACCUUCUGUAAUCUGUGCUCAGAGAACUGAAAAAACUGCAUAAUUCGUAACGCAGAAUAGUUUUGAGUACAGUUCGUACAUUUCAGGCAAACGUUUUUAUCAGCCAAAGUAACGUACGAUGUGGUUGCAGGGAAAUUGUAUACUGCGAGUUUGGUGUUGAAGAACUUUAAUUAACCAGUUUUACAAUCAUGUAAUACUUCAAUAU